GGAUGAAGCUUCUCGCGGCAGGGAUAAUUGUUGUGGCACUCGGUGUCGUGGCGGCCGACGUCGAGUCGGAUGUCAAAACCGCCAAAAUCGUGCCGGACAUCAUAAGCAAAUCCCCGAAUGAAACGAUCGAGAUCAAGUAUGGAAAUAAGGAAGUCAAGUUGGGAAAUGAGAUCACGCCCACCGAAGCUAAAGACAUUCCGGAGAUUCACUACAAGCACGAAGGUGGUGUCCUUUACACCCUCGUUAUGACUGACCCAGACACCCCCGUGAGUGGCCACAACCGCGAGUGGCAACACUGGGUUGUUGGAAACAUUCCCGAAGAUAAAGUCGCCAAAGGAGAAGUUUUGACCGAAUAUGUGGGUCCAGCACCACCAAAAAAAUCUAAUUUCCAUCGCUACGUAUUUCUUCUCUACAAACAAAACCAAGGCGCCAUUACGUACGACGAGAGACGUAUUUCCAACAGGGAUAAAAGAAGAAACCGAUUUUCCGUCAAUAAAUUGGCUGAAAAAUACAAUUUGGAGGGACCGAUCGCUAUUAACUACAUGAGAGCAAAAUUCGACGAUUACGUUCCUAUCGUUCAAAAACAAAUUGGCAUCUACGUUUAA